AUGUCAUUUCAAGGAAUGUUAGAUCAGACUAAUAAUCAACUGAAUCAAGAUCAGACAGAACCAAAUCUGGAACAAGCGCUAGAUACUCCAACAGGAGGAAACGAGAUACACAGGAUGGAGAACAAAAUAAUCAAGUCGAAGAUCAGGGUUUUGACAAGAGCAGAGGCAGAAGCGAAAGGAAUACAACCAAGCUCAAGACUUCUGACUCCAAAACGAGGUGCAACUGGAAGAAUUACCGCGGACAGGAGCAAUGGAUCUAAGCCGAGAAACCUUCAAGGAAUUGGAAUUCCGAAACGAAGCCAAAGACCGAUUGGGAUAAAGAGAUCUAGAGGAGUCGGAAAGCAACAAAAGAAGAAGAAGACGGAGAGGAAGCAAGCGGAAGUCGUUAAUGAAGAAGGACAUCAAUCAGAAGAACAAGAAACAGAAGAAUGGGGUGGAAUUGAAGAUGUUGAGAUGGAUGUAGGAGGGGAAGAAGGAUUAAAGAGUACAAAUGAAGAAGACCAGUUUGAAUUGCUUCAGUAUAGUCAUUCAUAA